CAGAUCUCCACUUUCUCUUUCUCUCUCUUAAAAGGCAUUGUGGUUGUGUGCGUCUCCUCUUCUUCGCUGUCUGCGUAUCUUCAAUCUCAUUCUCCUUUGCGAAUCCUCCAUCCCCUCUGCAAUCAUGAGUGAAGAAGGAGAAAAAAAUUGCCCUCUCUGUGCUGAGGAAAUGGACUUGACAGAUCAGCAGUUGAAGCCUUGCAAAUGUGGUUAUGAGAUAUGUGUUUGGUGCUGGCAUCACAUAAUGGACAUGGCCGAGAAGGAUGAGACAGAAGGCCGAUGCCCAGCUUGCCGUACUGCCUAUGACAAGGAAAAAGUUGUUGAGACGGCAAAAAAAUGUGAAAGGUUGGUUGCUGAGAGGAGUAUGGAAAAAAAACUGAAGAUGCAGAAGGCAAAAUCUAAAAUAACUGAUGGAAGGCAGCAACUUAGUAGUGUCCGAGUGAUUCAAAGGAAUCUUGUGUACAUUGUUGGUUUGCCUCUUAAUUUAGCAGAUGAAGAGCUACUUCAGGGGUGGGAGUACUUUGGGCAGUAUGGGAAGGUGCUAAAGGUAUCCAUGUCCCGUACAGCAGCUGGUGCUAUUCAAAAUUUUGCAAACAAUACAUGUAGUGUAUAUAUUACAUAUUCAAAGGAGGAUGAAGCAGUUAGGUGUAUUCAGUCGGUUAAUGGAUUUGUGCUGCAGGGUAAUCCUUUAAGGGCAUGCUUUGGAACCACAAAAUAUUGUCAUUCUUGGCUCAGAAAUGUGCCAUGCAGUAUCCCUGAUUGUUUGUACUUGCAUGAGUUUGGCUCACAAGAGAAUAGUUUUAUUAAAGAUGAAAUGAUUCCUGCAUAUACAAGGGUUCAGCAAAUUACGGGUGCUUCAAAUGGUAUGCAACGUCGCCUGGGGAAUAUGUUACCACCACCUGCGGAUGAUUACACCCAAGUCAGCACCACUUCCUCAGGAAAGGACACUAGUAGAAGCACUUUAAAUAAUACAAUAAUGAGUGUCAGAGAUUCACCCCCAAAUAAUACUUCUGGUCAUUCUAUUGCUUGUCCAGUUUCAGUAUCAUGGCCUUCAAAGAAGAUGCCUGAAAGUGUAAGUGGUUCUAUGGACUUUUCUACUGCUGUUGCAUCGACAAUUAAGACUCAAUCUAAUGGUGGAGAUGGAAAGAAGCUCAUUCCUAACGAAGGUGGCCUUAAAAUGUUGCAUACAGUUAAAUAUGAGCCAUUGGAAUCUAUCAGACCUCAUACAAGUGAAGAUUGGAGGUCCACCGAAUCUGUGGUUCCUGCAUCAGGACUUUCUGCUGCUUCAAAAAAUACUCAGUUACAUUAUUCUAUGAAACAUGAGGUUAACCAUGGAAAUGUGGAACAAAAUGGCAGUACAACCUCUAUUGAUUUUUCAAAGCAAUCUUACAGUUCUACUCUAGAAAAGGAACUGAAUGUUCAUUCUGAAGGAAAAAUGAGGAACUUAUGCUCCAGUUUGUUAUCAGUUGGCAUAAAUAGACACGCGGGAGAUGAACAUUCUGGUGAUACAUGGGAUGAUCAAGUACAUUCUGAUGAUAAAUUUGCUAUGAUUACCCAAGGUCCAGAUCUAAAACAGCUGCAUAAUGAACAAUCUACAGAAUGUUUGACAUCAGUAAUCAUGAGAAAUGGCACAGAUCUUGCUGAUGAUAUUCACAUCUCUACUGAACAAUUAGGUUGUGGAUUGAACUCUGUUGCUAGAGAAAAUUCUCAGACAAUGUUAGAUUCACCAAUUCUAGUGGCAAAAGUAGAUUCACAUGUGGUUAAUGAUGAAGUAGAAGAAGAUUUAAGACACUUUGAUAAGCAGAGACUUAAGGACCCAGAAGUUAGUAGACCAAAUGGAUUCCUAACUUCAUCCCACACUUUCCACCUUUCAAAUCAUCUUAGAGAUCAAGUUCAACCGUUUGAGCAAUGUGAAUCACCUAUUGUCAAGCUAGAAUCACCUUUCAAAUCUCCUUUUUCAAACUCAUCUGGUGUCUCAGCAGUUCAUAAUGGCUACCCUGAAUUUUUGUUAAAUAGGGUUGCUGAUCUGAACCAAUCAGUUGGACAAUUUCCAAGUGAAGUAAAUAGUGUGCACAGGCAGAGUAGUGAAACUCAAUUUGCCAGUGUUGAUCAGAGUUGUCCUUUGGAUAUGGGGGAGAACAAUAUAAUCUCAAAUAUGAAUUUUGAUGCCUGGGAUACCCCAUUGGCACCACCUCAAAUUUUUUCCAAUUUUCUUGGUGAGAGUGAUAAUCAUCAGGGAACUCUAAACGUGUCAAGUUCUUCCUGGAAAGGACAAAACAAUAGUCAAUCUAGAUUUUCUUUCGCAAGAGAGGAGGAUCCUAGAUAUGAGCGUUCUUAUUACGAGUCAGCAUUAGGUAGUACAGGUCGAUUUUCACCGGAACAUCUAUUGAACCACCAUGAUAUAUCCAAUAGAAGAGAUGUCAAUUCUGCUAACCUUGGAAGUCGUGGUUUCUAUUCUUCCAACUUCCAGGAACCUGAUAUCUUUAGCAGUGGUUACUCUAACAUACCUUCCAAUAAGUUUCCAGUUCCGUCAAGAACUCAAAAUACUGCUCCUCCUGGAUUCUCAGCUCCUAGCAGAACACCACCACCACCAGGAUUUGCUUCACACGAAAGAAUUGAACAGCCAUUUGACCCCAUGAGUGGGAAUCACUUACUUAAUAUUUCACCACUAUUGAGAAAUUCAUACCAGGCACCACCAACAGUGAACGCUGGUAGCAGCACCUUAGGUAUUGAGUUCAUGGAUCCUGCCAUUAUGGCAGUUUGCGAGGGAACAACACUGUCUGGUGGGUAUCAUCAUUAUCCUGGUGGUGGAUCUGCCUUAGAUAUCAGAACAAGUCUUCCAUUGCAGAUGGGUUAUUUUGAAAAUGAAUACGAUAGACUUCAUUUAUUGAUGCAACAAAGAUUAUCACUUUCUCCAUUACAACAAAACCACCAGCGACAUGCCGAGAUAGGGGAUAUCUAUUCUACUACUAGUACUAGUGUAAAUGAUGCUUAUGGCAUACCAUCUUCUCGAACAACAAUGAACCAGCCAUUACCUAAUAGAAACCACACACCAUCAUCAAGAUCGUCGGGUCUGGUACCAAAUGAACAGUGGGAUCAAUGGAAUGAGGUGGUUUCUAACAGAAAUGAAGUGGGGAUGACAGACAACAACCUAAGAACUGAAAGACUGGGUUUUAAUAAGUCCCAUAAUGGCUAUGAUGAUUCUUCUUCUAACUUCUUUAUGGGACCAUAUGGUGUUUAAUGAUUUUUGUCAUGGUUUUGAAUAUUCAUCAUUGCUAUAAAUUGUACCAACACUGUAACAGAGUGAUCAUGCAUGAUGAUGUGGCUUAGUAGAUGAAGGCACAAAAUUGGUACCUGGUCUUUCUUUGGGUCAAUGUUCCACAUUAUAUGGUUUUCCUGAUACCAGCAGCAGAAGCAAUCGAUGAUGACCGACCAUAUGCAUGAUAAUAAAAAUAUUGAAUGAUGCUGGAUAAUAUUCUCCAGAGGGAGCUACCUACCUGCAAAGAUUUAAAGACUGAACAAAUGAGAGAGCUCAGUAAAAAACAAUCACUUAGUUUU